AUGGCUCUGCUCAAGGUCAAGUUCGAUCAGAAGAAGCGGGUGAAGCUGGCCCAGGGGCUGUGGCUCCUGAACUGGCUGUCGGUGUUGGCUGGCAUCAUCCUCUUCAGCCUCGGGCUGUUUCUGAAGAUUGAACUGCGGAAGAGGAGCGAGGUGAUGAAUAAUUCUGAGAGUCACUUUGUCCCCAACUCCUUGAUUGGGGUGGGGCUCCUGUCCUGCGUCUUCAACUCCCUGGCCGGCAAGAUCUGCUACGACGCCCUGGAUCCUGCCAAGUAUGCCAAGUGGAAGCCGUGGCUGAAGGUGUACCUGGCGGUGUGUGUACUCUUCAACGUCCUCCUCUUCCUCGUGGCCCUCUGCUGCUUCGUGCUGCGUGGCUCUCUCGAGAGCACCCUGGCCACGGGGCUGCGGAACGGCAUGAAGUACUACCGGGACACAGACACGCCGGGCCGCUGCUUCAUGAAGAAGACCAUCGACUUGCUGCAGAUCGAGUUCAAGUGCUGCGGCAACAAUGGCUUCCGGGACUGGUUUGAAAUUCAGUGGAUCAGUAAUCGCUACCUGGAUUUUUCCUCCAAGGAGGUCAAAGACCGCAUCAAGAGCAAUGUGGACGGGCGGUACCUGGUGGAUGGCGUCCCUUUCAGCUGUUGUAACCCCAGCUCACCACGGCCCUGCAUCCAGUACCAGCUCACCAACAACUCAGCACACUACAGCUACGACCACCAGACCGAGGAGCUCAACCUUUGGUUGCGCGGCUGCAGGGCAGCCUUGCUGAGCUACUAUAGUAGCCUCAUGAACUCCAUGGGCGUCGCCACGCUCCUGGUCUGGCUCUUGGAGGUGAGCAUCACGGCUGGGCUGCGGUACCUGCACACAGCCCUGGAAGGCGUGUCCAACCCAGAGGACCCCGAGUGCGAGAGCGAGGGCUGGCUGCUGGAGAAGAGCGUGCCCGAGACCUGGAAGGCCUUUCUGGAGAGCUUGAAAAAGCUGGGCAAAGGCAACCAGGUGGAAGCGGAAGGCGCAGAUGCAGGCCUGGCCCCCGAGGCUGGGUGA